CCAGGACGCCCCCCGCCCUGACCGUACCACCCAGCCGCAGAUGUCAAUCACAGCGUACCAGCUGUCACUGAAAAACUCAGCACAAAACACGCACACGAGAUUUGACAUUGUCAUGCGGAGUCCCGACCUGGUGGGGUCUGACCGUGGCACCACCUCCAUCUGAUGCGGGGCAGAGGAGCGCCACUCUAACUUUCACCGCACUGAGCCCGACUGCGGUGACACCGAUAGCGCACUAGAAGUUUGAAGUCUGCCCAGCGGUUCCCGAAGCAUUGUUGUUGUUCUUGUUGUUUAUUUUACACUGUUUUCAACCCCGAUGAUGGCCGAAGCCAGGCGUGAAGAGGAGGGAGAUGAGGAGUGGAGAGAUAUGCGGGAUACUAUACGGCACAGAAACCAGGCAACAGAUCGGUCUGAAAGAACAAAGCCAGAUCACUUACAUUCCAGCCAAGGACCUCUGUCUUCCAUACGAGCUGCCAUCAAACGAACGAGGACAAACUCUCAGAGUGACCCUUGCAGAGACAGAAGGAGACCAGAGAUCACCAUCCUCUCAGCAGAACCUUUGGCCAGCAACAACUGGUUCCCAGGGACCUCUGGGGUUUUUCCACCUCCGCCUCCACCCUCACAGUCAAGCUGGUCUGGGAGCAUCCAAACUGUUUCCCAGCCCCCACCAUCCUAUGACCAGGUGAUCAAAGAGAAGACCCAGGAAGUGCACAUUGUCAAACCGACUGCCGCCCCCCGCCGGUUCACCUCUACCACCACCAGUGCCACCCAGACUGACCCUGUGAGGGAAGACGUUGCCGCUACUACCCCACCAUGUAGUGCAGCUCCACAGUCAAUACAGAAAAAAUCUACUGGUAAAAAGCCACAAAAACCACCAAGACCAUCACUGUCUAAACCAAACAGAGGCCCUGCCAUCACACCUACAGACAAGGAGGUUGCUACAAAUACCACAGCAUCCUCUAACACCGAGAGCCAAAGUGACUCCAAAUCUGAUGUAGCACAACCCAACCAAUCAGACUCCUCCCACACAUACACCAGAUCUGUCACUGUAUAUUGGGAUAUCCCAUCACAACCUGUUUCUACAUCCGUAAACUCAUCAUUUACCCCUGCUGAAUCUACUCCGCCGUCCUCAGGCUCAGAAAAUACUCAGCGCCCCACUCCACUUCCUCGUUCAAAAUCCCGCAAACAGCCAAUUACAGAAGAGGUCAAAGUCCAGACUUUGGUGACAUUAAGUGAAAAUGGUGACAGUGUUCAAGUGACUCCUAGCACAGAACUGGAAGAGGUGUCCUCAAGUGAGUAUUUAAAGGAACUGUUGCAGGUCUUUAGUGUGGACAACCAAUGCGAGCAGAUCUGUGACACUGUUGACCAAUCAGACAAGAGUGAGCAAAGUGAAGAUGCUGAUGGCGAGAUGAGCAAUAUCCACAAUCACCGCAACAUCCGGGCCAAAAUCCAGGCUUUUGAGAGCCAGGCCAGCACUGACGAGGGAAAUGUGGUGGACCCAGCCAAACGACCGGAACCUCGACCGCGGAACGUACUCAACAAACCUCCAGUCGCUGCUAAACCUUCCCUAGGUCCUAAACCUUCAUUUAAACAUGGCAUAUCUAAUCAUAGUGAAGAGGUCUCAUCCACAAUCAUUCCCCAAAGCCCUACGCCAGCCCCUAGACCUCAGCCGCCUAAGAAACCUGUGAACUGGUCCUUAAAAGAAGAACCAGAUGCUCCACCUGCCAAGGUGGCCAUCCUGCCCCCAUCACGUCCUUCCAUACUGGUCAGAGCUAAAAGCUUUGAAAUCCAAGAGGAGGAAACUCCAACAGGUCCCCCUAAACCUCCAGUAAAGCCUGUUAAGGAGCCCCUCAAGCCCAACCUUAAUCUGAACAACCACAACUCAACCUCCAUCGCUGUAGAAAAUGAAUACGUCGACAGUCCAUCAAAUCGUACCCCGGUUAAGCCUCAGUGUAGUGUGGAUAGCGACUGUGGCUCCUUCAGCAGACAGAGUGUAACAAGGAGACCUACCACCAUCAGAGUGCCCAGCAAAGCUGAGAGACAUGAAUCUCUGGACGGUCCUCCUCCUCUCCCGUCACAGAAGCCUGUGGGCCUCCUAAAUUCCUCCAUAACCCACAAACAAAGCCCAGCACCAGUCCUCCCCUCCGCGGACUCUUUCAGUAUUGGGCCAGAGCCAUCUCUGCCUCCUCGACCCAGUGGGGCUAAAGUCCUCCCACCUCGUCCACCACCAGCCAAAGCAGGCCCGGGAAGACCACCUCCCCCCCGUUUCGAUGCUGCUGCAGGUCGAUCGCGUCCCAAACAGUCAUCUCAACGGGAGGCUUCACUGAAAGCCCAGGCCCACAGGUCCAAGAAGCAGGGGCCUGUCUUACCCCCAAGGCCCAACCCUGGACACCGUCUCUACAACAAAUACAUUCUUGAACUUCCUCAUGGAAUUGCAGGCUGUGACUACAAUGGCAUCAAUACAGGAGAGCUCUCAUUUCAGAAAAACGAAGUGCUCCUGCUGCUUGCAGAGGUUGACCACAAGACGUUUGAGUGCCAAGUUGGAGACGUCAGAGGCAGAGUCCAGAAAUCUCAUAUCACUGUCAUCACACCUCUGGCCUCCAUGCCUCCACCACAGGCCGCACAGGGCACCAGUCCAGCUGGUUUUGGCAGAGACAGUUGUGGACUGAGGGUGCAGGCCACACAUGACUUCAACUCAGAGGGUCCAGGAGAGCUGGGUCUGAGGGUGGGAGAUGUGGUGACCAAUGUGGAGCAGGUGGACAACGAUUGGUACAGAGGCACAUGUAGAGGAUACACUGGAUUUUUCCCCAUCAACUAUGUCAAAGUCCUGUCGAAUUCACCAAAACCCAUCCCUGAGAAGAAAAAGCCAGCAUCUGCAACAGUCAGUGGUCCAAGAUGUGUGGCAAGGUUUGACUUUGAUGGGGAGCACAGUGACGAGCUGUCGUUCUCUGAGGGGGAUGUGAUCCAGCUGAAGGAGUACGUGGGACAGGAGUGGGCACGCGGGAAGGUCGGCGUCUUUAUGGGAAUCUUCCCUCUCAACUUUGUAGAAGUCAUCGAAGAUCUGCCACCGCCUCCAUCUCAGCAACAGACACCACCCACCAAGAUAGCACUACCUGGAAUGGCUGCUGCACCUAAUACUCAUCAAGAGGCUGCCAAACCAGUUCAGGCCUCUCAGUCUGGUGUGGAGUGGGCGGUGGCUCUGUACGACUUCACCGGGCAGUCAGAAAGCGACCUGUCCUUUCAACAGGGUGACUGCAUCCUGAUCACCCGACAUGUUGAUGCUGACUGGUACUGUGGCAGGCUCAGCGGCAGAGAGGGCCUCUUUCCCAAGGCUUUUGUUGAGAUCAGCACAGGCCAGUCAGCACUGGAUAGUGAACCGAGCAGGGCUGCCGGGAUAGGGACAGCCAAGGCCCUGUAUGACUUCACGUCAGAUUGUGAUGAGGAGCUGUCUCUACAGGCAGGGGACAUCAUAACCAAUUUGGAGUCCAUAGAUGAUGAGUGGUUCUUGGGUGAUUUGAAGGGGAAACGGGCCUUGGUGCCAAAAAACUAUGUGCAAGUAUUGGAAAUGCACUAAGGCGCUUUCACUUCUGUCUACAAAAGAAGUGGGGCAGUGUUGGAUGGACCCAUUUUGUGCCUGUGAUGUACGCCAGCCAGCUGAAAUAUGAAACCUACAGGAACAAAGAAACUGGUUUCACUGUGGAAAUCUGCAGUGGACUGACUUUUUUUUUUACUGGAGCGCAGUAUUUUGUGAUAUUCUAAGCAGUGUGAUUGAGUGAUUUUCAUCUUUAGCAUUAACUUGUCAAAUGAAUUAAAGUGUUUAAGUUAUUUAUCAUGGUGAAAACUCAUGACAUUUGAGAAUACUGAGGAAAAACUGUAAGAAUUUGAAUAAACUUGGAUUUGAACUUG